AGAGAGAGAGAGAGAGAGAGAGAGAGAGAGAGAGAGAGAGAGAGAGAGAGAGAGAGAGAGAGAGAGAGAGAGAGAGGGGAAGAGAUGCGAAGUUAAGAGUCAACUCUUACAGUCGGCCGUCGGUCAAUACAACUUUGGUGUCGUCGGCAGGUUAGCGGCGAUUAUGUCAAAACCUUCAUCCAACGUCAAGGCCCUGCAGGCUAAUCUGAACAUCCCGAUGGGAGCUUUGCGUCCGGGGGCGGGACAUCCUGCGAGGAGGAGAGAGGAGACGGGAGACACACACGAGGCACCCUCGCCGAUGGAGCAGCCGAGCGACGGCGCACACACGCCGCAGGAGGACAAAAAGACGUUGCCGGGCGCCGUCAAGCUGCCGGGCCCGGCCGUCAACCUCUCGGAACUGCAGAACGUCAAGAGCGAACUACGAUGGGUCACCAAGGAAUAGCAAAAGUCUUUUAGGACUGGGCGUCCGGGUUGCAAGAGAGGAUGAUGGACACUUUCUGAUCACCAUGGCGACGCUAGAAGAACUACAAUCACAUCACAGCAUCAACAAACUUUCAGUCGAGGGUCACACAGCAAAAAUCUGCUUCUUUUGAAGUAGUUUUUUGCUCUAAUUUAUAAUUUAGACAACGAUGUGAUGCCUUUCAAACGCAGAGACGAACUCAAGUUUUUGAGCCUUUUAAAUGGGUGAAGAUGAACCACAAAGACAUUUUAUUCUUCCGGUCUUCCAAACUAUUCAGCAGCCGUCAACAUUUUAUCUGUAAAUGGCCGUCUUUGAGGCCAAACUUUUCGACUUUUGUGUUAUUUUUGUGUUGUUGUCAUCUGGAGGGGCAAUAAAUCAACUUAGUCCAAUGGCAAUCAAAUCAAGUCAUUGUAUUAGCCACUCGGAAAAGUUCUCAUCUGCAAACUACAAUCACAAUAGGAAACAUAAAGUGUUACCUUGACUUACAAGUUUAUUUGUUCUGUGACAUAACUUAAUUUACUUGUGUAUGAAAUCAUUUUCCCCCAAUAAAAUGCAU